AGUUGCUUGCAAAUUGCAUUGACUUUUUUAAUAGCUAGUCUUCCACUAAGAGAUCUCUCUCUCAGUAUACCACUGAAUUCCUAAUUCCCCUCACCAAAUUUCUUAAACCUUUCUCAUGAUCUGUGCUUCCUUUUUCUGAUUGAAUCGAAUCAUCGCGUAUUGUGUUCUUGAUCUGUAUCUUUCUUGCUUGAAAGAUCAGCUUUCCCAGAGUUUCAACACUGGGGCGCGUCCACACGUUUCCCCACUCAGCAAUUAGCUUCAGAUUCUUUUGUUAAAAUUCUUUUGAAUCCAGGGCCAAAGAAGUUUGCGGUGAAAAUGGCUAGACAGAAGGAUCGAUUUUGGGAUCAUGUUGAGAAGCUGGAUGAUGGUCGUUUCAACUGUACAUUUUGUGGCUUUAAAUUUGCUGUUGCUACUUCCAUUUCAAGGAUCAAAUGGCAUUUGUCAGGAGAGGAAGGGCAUGGUGUUGCAGUUUGUGGGCAAGUUCCUCAACAAGUUCAAGAAGCAGCUUUUCUGGAUAUGCUACAUUGCAGCAAAAGACAUAAAGGCAUAGCAAGUUCAAGCAAUUUUAAUGAUAAUCCCAUUUCAACCACUCCACAAGAACAAAACAAUGAAGUCGACAAGUUGGCAGGAGAUGCAGGAACGAUACAAGCUCCAGAUACAAUGGUUCAAGCACUUGGAAGAUUUUUGGAAGAGAUCAAUGAAAUGGUAAUGGAGGAUGAUAUAGAGAAUGGGACUGGAGGGGUAGUGCAGCCUGGUGUAGGAGCUAGCUCUUCUGGAGGGCUUACAGGCAACACAAAUGAGACUCCAGGAGAUCCAUUACCUACUAGCUCUACAAAGCUAGUGGGUCGAGCAUUUGAACAGAAUACAAAUCUGAUAUGGUCUUGGUUAAUGGAUGAUGAAGUCUCGACAAUUGGCAUUUACGGAAUGGGGGGAGUCGGUAAAACAACAAUGAUGAAACAUAUCCAUAAUAAGCUUCUAGAAAGACUAGGCAUUUCUCAUUGUGUUUACUGGGUGACCGUGUCUCGAGAUUUCAGCAUUGAAAGAUUGCAAAAUCUUAUUGCUAAAUGUCUUAGAUUUGAUCUUUCAAGUGAAGAUGAUGAUCUGCGUAGAGCUGUCAAAUUGUCGAAGGAACUAAGGAAAAAACAAAAAUGGAUUCUAAUUUUAGAUGAUUUGUGGAACACUUUUGAGCUACACGAAGUGGGAAUUCCUGACCCGGUAAAAGGAUGCAAGCUGAUUAUGACAACUCGAUCUGAAAGGGUUUGUCAACGGAUGGAUAGCCAAAAAAAAAUCAAAGUGAAGCCACUUUCGGAGAGUGAAGCUUGGGAUUUGUUCAAGGAAAAACUUGGACAUGGCAUAACAUUUUGCCAAGAAGUGAAACGAAUUGCAGUAGAUAUUGCAAGGGAAUGUGCUGGUUUGCCAUUGGGCAUUAUUACAAUCGCAGGAAGCUUGAGGAGGGUGGAUGACCUACAUGAGUGGAGGAAUACAUUGAAGAAAUUGAAAGAAUCAAAAUGUAGGGACAUGGAAGAUAAGGUAUUCCGGUUGUUGAGGUUUAGUUAUGACCAGUUACAUGAUUUAGCACUACAACAGUGUCUCUUAAACUGUGCAUUAUUUCCUGAAGAUCAUGAGAUUGUAAGGAAGGAGUUGAUAGAUUAUUUGAUCGAUGAGGGGGUAAUUGAAAGAGUGGAGAGCAGGCAAGAAGCAGUUGACGAGGGCCACACUAUGCUUAAUAGACUUGAAAGUGUCUGCCUAUUGGAAGGUGCUAAAAACAUGUAUGGUGAUAGAUGUGUCAAGAUGCAUGACUUGAUUAGGGAUAUGGCCAUCCAAAUACUGCAAGAGAACUCUCAAGGCAUGGUUAAAGCAGGUGCACGGUUAAGAGAAGUGCCGGGUGCAGAGGAGUGGACAGAGAAUCUUACUAGAGUUUCACUGAUGCAUAACCAGAUUGAAGAAAUUCCUUCCACGCAUUCACCGAGGUGUCCCAGCCUUUCAACUCUAUUGUUAUGCGACAAUUCACAGUUGCAAUUUAUUGCAGAUUCAUUUUUUGAGCAGUUGCAUGGGCUCAAGGUUCUUGAUCUGUCUCGUACAGGUAUUACAAAACUACCUGAUUCUGUCUCUGAAUUGGUGAGUCUCACUGCAUUACUGCUCAUUGAUUGUAAGAUGUUAAGGCAUGUACCGUCAUUAGAAAAGCUCAGGGCACUGAAGAGGUUAGAUCUCUCUGGUACUCGGGCACUUGAAAAGAUUCCUCAAGGCAUGGAAUGUCUAUGCAACCUGAGGUAUCUUAGAAUGAAUGGAUGUGGUGAAAAGGAGUUUCCUAGUGGGUUGUUACCUAAGCUCUCUCACCUGCAAGUCUUUGUAUUGGAGGAGUGGAUUCCUCCUGCUACCAAAGAUAAUAGAAGAGGACAACCUGCUCCGGUAACAGUUAAAGGAAAGGAAGUAGGAUGCUUGAGGAAGUUGGAAAGUUUGGUAUGCCAUUUUGAAGGUUACUCAGACUACGUGGAGUAUCUCAAAUCUCGGGAUGAAACCAAAUCACUAACCACAUACCAAAUUCUUGUAGGACCACUGGAUAAGUAUCAUUAUGGUUAUGAUUAUGAUUAUGAUGGUUGCAGAAGGAAAACAAUUGUUUGGGUUAACUUGAGUAUCGACAGAGAUGGAGGUUUUCAGGUCAUGUUUCCAAAGGACAUUCAACAACUGACUAUUGAUAAUAAUGAUGAUGCAACAAGUUUAUGCGAUGUUUCCUCUCAAAUAAAGUAUGCAACUGAUCUGGAGGUUAUCAAGAUUUUUAGUUGCUAUAGCAUGGAGAGCUUGGUUUCAUCUUCUUGGUUCCGCUCUGCUCCACUACCAUCUCCAUCUUACAACGGUAUAUUUUCUGGUCUUAAACGGUUUAAUUGUUCUGGUUGUAAGAGCAUGAAGAAGUUGUUCCCUCUUGUCUUGCUGCCAAGCCUCGUAAACCUCGAAAAUAUUAGAGUUUCUGACUGUGAGAAGAUGGAGGAGAUAAUAGGUGGAACAAGACCAGAUGAAGAGGGGGUUAUGGGUGAAGAAACCAGCAGCAGCAAUAUCGAAUUCAAACUCCCAAAGUUAACGAUGUUGGCAUUGGAGGGAUUACCAGAACUGAAAAGGAUUUGUAGUGCAAAACUGAUUUGCGAUUCUAUCGGAGCAAUUGACGUAAGAAAUUGCGAGAAAAUGGAGGAGAUAAUAGGUGGAACAAGAUCAGAUGAAGAAGGGGUUAUGGGUGAAGAAAGCAGCACCGAUCUCAAACUCCCCAAGUUAAUAUUUCUGCAAUUGAUUAGAUUACCAGAACUGAAAAGCAUUUGCAGUGCAAAACUGAUUUGCGAUUCUCUCCAAUUAAUUCAAGUAAGGAAUUGUGAGAAGCUGAAGAGGAUGGGAAUUUGUCUUUCGUUGCUUGAAAAUGGCGAGCAUCCUAACGCUAAGGAUGUCCUUCGUCCCUUUUUAAAGUUGGUUAAAGGAUGAGUGGGGACAGUGCCCUUGAAAUAAUAUUAAAUUAAAAAAUUGGCUGGGGAUGAGACGACAAUGCCCCUUACUAUAAAUAAUGAAUUACGGAGCAAGUGGAAAAGCCAAACAGAUCUGCAAGUUACAGUGUGCUAGAUGAAAGCGAUGCUAGAGCCCUCGUUUAUAAGGAAGGAGAUAGUUUUAUCCAUGCUAGCUGCUGACACGAGUACUGAAAACUUGGCAAGUUGGUCAACUUGACAGAUAUGUAAGCAGACACUUUUUCUUUUUUGUGUGUGUCGUUCAAUCGAAUUCACAAGUCUAUGAACCCAUAAAGCAUUGAUUACUCAUCAUUUUUCAUGUCUUUAUCCUUGGAUUUACCUCGGCUGGGUGGUUUUCCCCAACAGAUAUAUAAUCAUCCUCUAUAAGCACAGGAAACGUAGCUGGUUUUGAUGAGAAAAAAUCUCAUAUUUAACUUUCCGAGAUUGUUUAGAUCUUUGAAUCUUCUAUGCUGAUAAUUCAACCAUGCACAUGGAUCAAAUUCAGUGGAAAUAAUGUUAAUGGAAUUCUUUCAAAUAUUGUUUUUCAUAAGUGUAAUGUUGUUCAUCUUUUUAUCUAAAUUUUAUGGUAAACAAUAUUACUUACAAAAACUCUGAGUUUGUAUUUCUUUGACAUCUUUUAGGAGGAUGAAUGAUAAUAAUUUCUCAGGGAAGUUACCUGCUUUCAUCAGUAAAUGAACACAGGUUCAGAAACUUCAUAUACAAGCUUCCUCUCUUGAGGGGACUAUAUCUUCUAGCACUGCUUCCUUGACCAGACUAAGUGAUUUGAGGAGAUUGGUGACUUAACAGAAAGAGGGUCUUCUUUCCCGCCACUGUGUAAUAUGGAAUCCAUAGAAACAUUAGCUUAGGGAUCUAGAUCUUCAAACAGGACUUUUCACACUAAAACAGAUGAAAGCUGCUACCAAGAACUUCGAUGCAGCAAACAAUGUCGGGGAGGGUGAUUUUGCUUCUGUUUUCAAGGGUUCAUUAUCAGAUGGAACUGUGAUUGCAGUGAUGCUGCUUUCCUCAAAAUCUAAGCAAGGAAACCAUGAAUUUGUGAAUGAGAUAGGAACGAUAUCUGCACUGCAACAUCCAAAUCCUUGUAAAGUUGUAUGGAUGUUGUGUUGGAGGAAACCAAUUAAUGCUUGUGUACGAGUACAUGGAAAACAAUUGCCGGUCCCGUGCUCUAUUUGGCCUAUGUUUUGCAAGAGAGAGGAAGUCUUUCCGAGGUGGUUGAUCCAGAAUUGGGGUCAGAGUAUUCUUCAGGGGAGGCUAUGGUGAUACUAAAUGUCGCUCUCUUAUGCACCAAUGCGUCCCCAACUCUUAGGCCUACAAGGUCUCAAGUUGCGAGCUUGCUCGAAGGUCAAACUUCUGUUUAGGACCUUCUUUCUGAUCCUGGGUUUUCCGCUAUCAACACAAAAUACAAGGCUAUAAGAAACCAUAUCUGGCAGAAUCCAAGCCAAACUUAUAGCAUGUCUAUAAACGGAUCAUACAGUUCUGAUUCCACAAACUCUUACGGAGAACCAGGCCAUCUGCUGAGAGAUAGUUCAGUUAAAUCUAAUUAGUAAAUGUUGUAUCAUAUAUAUUAUCUUGAAAUAAUUUGCAGAUUCCAAAUUCAUAUGUUAAAAAUUCAAUUUUUUUUUUCAGAA